AUGGAUGUGGAGUUCUGGGUGCAAUCGCCGCGCCUGCUGUCCCGCAACGUGAAGUUUCUGAGGUUUAGCAAGAAGAUGGCGGAAAGGAAGUGGGCUGUGGUAGACGUGUCUGUUGAUGGCAACAACGGAGAUGAACAGCAAAGCAACGGAACUAGUUACGCCGGCUACAGGUUGCUGCCGUCCGGCUGCCUCAUGGAGGACAUGAGUGGCGGCUUUUGCAAGGUCACAUGGGUGGUGCACGGGGAGUACCUUGAAUCCACUGUGCCAGAACUGUUCAAGCAAUUUUUUCGUUCUGGGCAAGCCUUUGGUGCAUGCCGUUGGCUCAGAUCGCUCCAGAGGCAGUGUGAGUACAUGGCCGUUCUGGGUUCCAGCCAUAUUCCAAGCAGCAGCAGCAGCAGCUCAGCCAUAUCGCCUCUAGGGAAAAGGGGGGUCCUGGAGCUGGCCCGGCGGAUGAAGGAGAGCUUCUAUGCAGCCGUCUCUGGGCCGGUGACCAUAGCAUCGACCAACAUCGUCGACCAGUGGUGUGUUAGCAGUGGCACUGGCGCCGAGAGGGUGGACGCAGCAGUGCGCAUGGUUACAUGGAAUUGCGCUGAGAUCAUGCCCGGAGAGCCUGCAAUCACGGUGCUGAGCGCCACUGCUACCGUCAGGCUGCCCGGUACUCCGCCACUGCGUGUGUUCGAGUAUAUCUGCAAUUCGCAGCGCCGUGGCGAGUGGGAUAACUUUGUCAAUGGAGGCCCGGUGGAGGAAGUCGUUGCUGAUGGAAGUCAUGGAACGAACAGCAACGACAUGCUGAUCUUGCAACAGUCAAGCACCGACGCGUCAGGCUCUCUGGUUGUGUACAGCCUUGUUGAGGAAAACGUGAUGCGCGGCAUCAUGGGUGGCGCUGACAGCUCCAUUUUCCUCCUGCCGUCUGGAUUUGCCAUCCUCCCAGACGGCCAUGGCAAGGCCCACUACACCGCUGUGAGCUCCUCCAGUAGUGCUCCCAACAACGGUGAAGGAGCACUUCUUACUGUGGCAUCCCUAGGAAUGUUGUCUAGUUCCCCAUCCGGCGGUCCUGCUGCCCGGAGCUUUGACGAUGCAGGAGAGCAUCUAUGCAAUAUGAUAAAGAAGAUCAGGGACGCUGUCGGGGCCAAUAACGUCAUCAUGGCCUGA